GUAACCAAGGAACCAGCUCCCUGUCCGAAGAGACCGCUGCUAGCCGAGCGAGCGGGCGUGCUGCCAUUGGAGGUCACCCUAAGAAACGGGUAGCUGAGGAGGGGAGGACGGAUCCGGGAGAGGAGGAGGAGGAGGAGGAGGAGGAAGGGGCAAAGCUUGGAACACUUCCUUAACCCACCCACCCACCCACACGCCUCGCCUCCCAGGGAUGUGAUCCAUCGUAGCCACAAGACAAAACCCUGUUCCUCCUCGCUUAGUCAACCAGGAAGGAUUCGCAUUUUCACCAAGACACACGGUUCAUCCUCCUCCUUGCUGGAAAGAUGUUGGAAAAUUGGAUUUUGACCAUCCUCGUUUCCUUAGGCGUUGGCUCGGUUCUGUUUUUGGUGGCCACGAUUAUGCUGGUCAAGCAUAACGUCCAUGCCAAAAUCUUCUGGAACGAGCUGGUUUUAGAGAAGAUCACCAACUUCGUCAUGGAUCAAAGCAAGGAACAGAGGAUUUUAAAUUCGGUGUCGUACAAUGCCGUCAAGGGGGAUCCGGAGAGCGUGCUGAAUUGCAUCGAUAAGUAUUGUGGCCAGUACGAGUGGGCCAUGAACGUCGGAGACGAGAAAGGAAUAAUUCUAGACAAAACGGUUGAGGAAGCUGAGCCAACUGUCGCUCUGGAGAUGGGAACCUACUGUGGUUAUUCAGCCAUCAGGAUUGCUCGCCUUUUGAAGCCCAAUGCUCACCUCCUCACCAUCGAAAUGAAUUCCGAGUUUAUACCCAUCGCAAAAGAGAUCAUUGAAAUUGCGGGACUCAGCGAGAAGGUGACCAUCAUUGAAGGCCAUUCGCAGGAUGUUAUCCCUCAGCUGAAGGAGAAGUAUGGGGUGAAAACCCUGGAUUUUGUCUUUCUCGACCACUGGAAAGAGAGAUACGCCCCAGACACUAUUCUCCUUGAAGAAUGUGGUCUCCUGCGCAAGGGCUCCAUCCUUCUAGCCGACAAUAUCGUCUACCCAGGAGCUCCAGAAUUCAUUAAAUACAUUCGGAGUAACAGCCGCUACGAAUGUACCAGCUACCCUACCUUUUUGGAAUACAUGAAGGUGGAGGAUGCCAUGGAAAAGGCUGUGUAUAUGGGAUAAGAGGCAGGGAGAGAGAACUUACUAGAGUUCAACACGUACAUGUGAGCCUUCGCAAUUUAGUCCUUUAGUUUUGAUUUUGCAAAUGGGAGCUUUUUGCAAGCUUCAGAGCUGGUUUGUAGACCAGGAUUUAGCUAUCCAGAGCCAAGACAACCCCAGAACCCCUUCUUACACACCAGAGUUUCUCAGUUUCAUCAACUUUAAGAUGGAUGGAUGAGUAAAGACCACCCAUCUUAAAGCUGCAGAACACUGCUUCGACAAUCCCUUUCGUUAUGGUUUUUGAGCUGUCUUUUAUUUCUUUUUGUUUUUCUACUUAAAAUGAUUUUA